UCUGUUCUACAAGCCGACACCCCUCCGCCUGAGCGGAGAGUGGAACGCUCCAGCUCGCUCUGGGCUCUGUUGUUGUGCAGAGCUGCACAAGGCCUGUCUGAGCCAGCUUGAUAGAAAGAGGAGGAAGACUUUAAGACAGAGACAUGCUGAGGAUUGAGAGCUGUGAAGCUGUUUCAUCACCCUGUCCAGACCACCAAAACCACAGAGGAGACCGAAGAAGGGAAGCGGGAGAAGAGGGGGAGCAUCAGUGAGAGCAGGAGGAAGUGAGGGAGAGGCAAGGUGAAGGAGGAGAAGGGAGGAAGGAAAGGGAGGGAGGAAGGAGGAGGGCCUGACUGACUGACAUUGCUGCUGUCGCUAUCAGCUCCCUCAAACACAUCAGCAGACCGGGCUCUGCACACUUGCUGCUCUCUCAUUCCCUUCAGUAGAGAGAGUCUCAUCCUCCAUCUCUUUCAUCUGCUUUGAGCAGAAGGAUAGAGAGAAGGAGAAGGAGGGGAGGCAGUAACCCUCUCCUCUCCUUCACUCAGAGACAGAGAGAGAGAGAACAGAGAAACGGUAAAGAACAGGAAGGAACGCAGCUUUGUGUUUGUAUUUUGCCGUCUCCUGUGGAACGCCCGGCCAGAGAGCGGCUACCAGGCACCGCUCAUGUCCGUGAACUCGGAGAAAUCCUCGUCCCCUGAAAGGCCUGAAACCCAGCAGAAAGCCCAGGUUACAACCCCUCCCCCUCCCCCGCCACCUCCUCCGCCUCCCCCUGAGCUGGCAGGACAACCUGAGCCAGAGGAAGAGAUCUUGGGCUCUGACGAUGAGGAGCAGGAGGACCCAGCAGACUACUGUAAAGGAGGAUACCAUCCGGUAAAGAUCGGGGAUUUAUUCAACGGAAGGUACCAUGUGAUCAGGAAGUUAGGAUGGGGCCACUUCUCCACAGUAUGGCUGUGCUGGGACAUACAAGUGAAGAACUUUGUGGCGAUGAAGGUGGUGAAGAGCGCCCAGCACUACACAGAAACGGCCCUGGAUGAGAUCAAACUAUUGCGAUGUGUGAGAGAGAGCGACCCUGGCGACCCAAACAAAGACAUGGUUGUGCAGCUGAUCGACGACUUCAAGAUCUCUGGAGUCAACGGCAUACAUGUGUGUAUGGUGUUUGAGGUGUUGGGUCAUCACCUGCUGAAAUGGAUCAUUAAAUCCAACUACCAAGGUCUCCCGCUGGCAUGUGUCAAGAGCAUUAUCAGACAGGUCCUGCAGGGUCUGGACUACCUCCACGCAAAGUGUAAAAUCAUCCACACAGACAUCAAGCCUGAGAACAUCCUGAUGUGUGUAGAUGACGUAUUCGUGAGGCGCAUGGCCAUGGAGGCGACCGAAUGGCAGAAAGCUGGAGCUCCACCCCCCUCCGGAUCAGCUGUUAGCACAGCGCCUCAGCUCAAACCGGUGAGUACAUCUGAUGUGGAAAAAAUCUCCAAAAACAAGAAAAAGAAGCUGAAGAAGAAACAGAAGCGGCAAGCUGAGCUGCUGGAAAGACGGAUGUUGGAGAUCGAAGCCCUGGAGCGAGAGGCUGAGAUAAGGGAGGAGAGGGCCAAAGAAGGCGGGGAUGAAGGCGACUCUGAGCAGAGCCUGGCUUCGACGCUGAAGCCACCGCCGGCGUCCGUGGGCCCCAGCAUGGCUCUGGGAGAGAGCGACGAUGAUGACGACGAUGACGAGGAUGGGGAGGAUGAAGAGGAGGAGGAAAGGGGAGAAAGGGAGAGGCCCGUCAGGUUGACUAAUCAUACAUGUGCAGCACCUCCCCAGGAGCAAAAUGAAGUGCCAGAAAUCCCGGCUACUAACCAGCAAGAGGAGGGAGAGGAAGAAGAGGAAGAGGAGCCCACGCCUGUCGCAGAAAAAGAUGCCCCAUUUCCUCCCACCUUGGAAGAAGGUAAUGGAGAUUCAGAGCCAGCAGACAGGGAGAAAGACGAGGAGAAGGAGAAGGAAGAGGAGGAGGAGGAGGAGUCUUUAAAAGAAACGGUGAAUGAGAACGUGAAGGAAGAGGAAGAGGUGGAGGAAAAGGUUGUGGAAGAAGAAAAUAAGGAAGCAGGAGAGGAGAAGCAGGAGGAGGAUGGAGACACUGGAACAGAGGCACCAAAGACUGAGAGCAAAACAGAGGAGGAGGCAGCUGAGAAAGAAGAUGACUCAAAGGAAGGGGAGGGGGGGGAAUACGAGGAGAUCUAUGACGAUGAAGACGACGAUGAUACGACUACGACCACAGCAGACCUCCUAACUGACAGCACCUCUCCCAUUAAGCCCCAGAUCAGCAAAACGAAUACAGCUAAAACUAACGGGCACGUUUUGUUAGUUUCUGAUUCACUAAGACAAAACCCCGGCAAGACGCCCCCUCCCUCACCCACCCCUGAGCCUCUACUCUGCCCCCUGGUGGAGUCCGAGCUCAGCUACACGGACAGAGACAUCUCGCUCAGCUCCGGGUAUGAGAUGUAUAACGGCGAAGUGGCCGAGCCGGUGCUGACCAACGGCUCCAGCGAGCAACAUCGAUCCAAGAUGCCCCUCUUCCCCGAGCUGCCUCUGGAUCCCGAGCCGGGGAACCCAAUUUCAGGGGGGACAGUAGACAUUGGGACAGAACCCUUAGCAAACAGCCCUACAGCAGACCGAAGUCGCACUGUGUCAUCGUCAAGCACUGGAGACACACCAAAAGCCAGGGCCAGAGCGGCAGACCUCCUGAUCAACCCACUGGACCCCCGCAACGCCGACUCCAUCAGAGUGAAAAUCGCUGACCUUGGAAACGCCUGCUGGGUGCAUAAGCACUUUACAGAAGACAUCCAGACGAGACAGUACCGCUCCAUUGAGGUCUUGAUAGGAGCCGGGUACGGUACCCCAGCUGACAUCUGGAGCACAGCCUGCAUGGCAUUCGAACUGGCCACAGGAGAUUAUCUGUUUGAGCCUCACUCUGGAGAGGACUACUCCCGUGAUGAGGACCACAUCGCUCUGAUCAUGGAGCUCCUUGGGAAGGUCCCGCGCAAACUGGUAGCCGCUGGGAAGUUCUGCCGAGAGUUUUUCUCCAAGAAAGGUGAGCUGCGGCACAUCACCAAGCUGAAGCCCUGGUCUCUGUUCGAUGUCUUGGUUGAAAAGUACGGCUGGUCACACGAAGAUGCCGGACAAUUCACCCAGUUCCUGCUGCCCAUGCUUGAGAUGGUGCCUGAGAAGAGGGCCUCGGCUGGGGAAUGCCUAAACCACCCCUGGCUCAGCUCAUAGCCACAAACUUCCAUCACCCCCUCUCCUUCCUUCCCCAUCCACCUUCUAGACUUUAAUCUCAAACAACGACCUCUGUUGGCAGCGAGCAACAAGCAUCGUACAGAGAGAGGCUUCUAACGCAUUCAUUCCAUACCCACCUGAUCAGGCUUUACUUCUACAUGUACUCUACCAUGGGGAAUGUAAAAAAACGAAAACACAAAACGCUGGCAAGGACUACAAAAAAAGGAAUUUAUUGAUGUUGGAAAGGAUUUUCCUGAAACGAGAAGUCAGAACAAAACAUGGUGUUAUUGCCUCCUCCGCCAUCAAGACGUCACCCUCUUCUUCAUCCGUUUUCUUCUCAUUUUUCUUAACAAAUGAAAGCUGCUGACUUUCAGAGUAAACAGAGUUGGCAAGAGACUCUUGUACUGCUGUCAGAUGGCCCAGAGUUCCCUCUUGCAU